UUCCUUUUUCCGUUCCAGUUAGGUUGGACUCACUUAUUACCAUCUCUAGAACCCUCAGAUCGCAAUUCACCGUUGGAUUUUCUCCUCCUUGCUCUUUGACAACCGUCCAUCGCAAUCCCUUUUUCCCUGGCUUUUUUUUAUGUUGCCAAAGGCUUCUUCCACAUUUGAUAAAAAGAUUCUUUUACAUUUUCUGCUGUAUUUAGUCAAACAACCCAUCAUCAAAUCGAAUGGCUUCAGAGACGCCGAAAGAGAAUAGCUUCUCCGUCCUCCGCGUCACUUCUUCAGGCGUACCACAGCGGAGGAUGUCUUUGUUGACCGCUCAAGUUGCUCUCAGAAUCUCAGCCUUUGUCUUCACACUCAUCGCCAUCUCCGUUACAGUCACCAACAGCCAAUCCGUCGUCGUGUUCGGAUUCAAGUUCGAAGCUCACUACUCCUACUCAACUGCCUUCAAGUUCUUGGUUGGUGCUAAUGUUGUGGUGUGUGCCUUCUCAGUGCUCUCAUUGAUCUUCCUAUCCUUCUUCUUGCGCCGUUCUCCGUCUCAACACCUCAAAAACUAUUUCGUUCUCUUCAUGCACGACACGGUGAUGAUGGUGAUGAUGAUAUCCGGAUGCGCAGCCGCGACCGCAAUCGGGUACGUGGGGAAGUAUGGGGAGAAGAAAAUGACUUGGCAGCCAACGUGCGGUUAUGUGAAGGAGUUCUGCAACAAAAUGACCAUUUCUCUUGCGUUUUCUUACCUGGCUUUCUCUGCCUACUUGCUUCUCACUCUCACAGCUGCUCAUAAUCUCAUGCCUUGACCUACUAAAUGAACUCAGCAAUACAAAUUACAGGAGAUCUAUCCCAUCAUCCAAAAACGACAUCGGAAAUCUCAGAAUAGUGGUGGUGGUGGGGUGUUGAAUUGAUCAAUUUGCUAUUGCGUUUUUAGCAUUUGGGACCUAUGCAAAGUUGUGCUGCAUAUGCAUAUGUUUUCUUAACGGUUUAGUUUACAUAUUACCCCUGUAGCAAUUAUGGGCCCGUUAGUCGUAUUUAUUUGUACUAAUUGUCUCCUUGAUGGUUGAGGAAAUGGUGGCUUCUUUGGAUUAGGAGAUGUUGCAGAAAGUAUUUAUCUGUAACGGGACGCAAAUGUGGAAGCGCCCCAUUGUUUGGGUCCAGUUGUAGGUAAGUUCUUCUCGUUUCUUUUCAAUUUUGAAGGGAGGACAUUUGAUAGGGUCGUUGACAACUUAAGAAAAUAUGUGGGGGCAGUAUUUAAUUUCAUUGGUACUUGGAUUGCAAUUAGGUAUUUUGUCAUCAAUUAGUUGUGUAACAAAAGGACAUGCCAUUUAAUUCAACAAGCUUGUCACCAAAUGAUGACCCUUUUUA